CCAAGACCAAGACAUGUAAACAAACGAAGCACACGUGCGACAACCAGUCUCCGUAUUCACAGGCCAACCCUAGAGGACCUGCUGGGCAGCGACGCCCUCAGCCCCAACACUGCCUUCCACGCCCUCAAGUGCACGCAAACCUUCCUGCAGAAGUCGGGGCAACUCGACAGGAUCAAACUCCCGCCCUGGUGACGACGGCCAACACAAUCAACGACUCCUGAUAACAACUACCACUGACGGGGCUCCAGAGGCUGUGGGCCCACAGCCUAACUAGCCCCAUAAAACACCCACGAAGAAGAAGACAUGGGUGACCCUGCUGGCGGGCGCGUACAUGAGCACUCCGCUCUGGACGAAGAGGAUGUAACCUUCAUACCGGGCCUUUUCAAAGGAAGUAAAGGCAAUGACGAGGUGGAAGCAGAUGACCUCUUCAUUAAUCAAGCAGCAUUACAAGACUAUUGCAGCAUCUUUUCUCCUGAUGGUGUCCCCAAGAACAUCCGUGGUGAUCCAUAUCUAUCUGAAAUAGUCAAAUUUUCAGAAGAAUGCUUAAAUGACAUAGCACAGGUACAGAUUCAGCGAGAACAGAAAGAAAGAGAGGAUAAAAGUGUUGAAGAAAAGAAAAAAAAAGGUCAAGAAAUAGCAACUCAAAAAAUCAAGAAAACUCUUGAUCGUCAAGUGGACAGCGUAUUACAUGAAAGAUCCUUCUACCUGAAAAAGCAGUGUCCUGUGAAAAUUCCAUACAAGUCUUCAUUAACACAUGAAGAACAUGCAGCUUACCUCCGAGCAUUUAUCAAGUUCAACAUGAGACCAACCAGGACUGCAGCAGACACAGCAGAAUAUGAAAAUUAUCUGAGGCUCCAGCAUCGGGUUUAUGAAGAACAGAAGAACUUCAUGGAGUUUUCAUAUCAGGUUGCCGAACUUGAACUUCAGACAUACAACACUGUCCCAGAAGUCAUCACCAGUUUCAUUCGUAACUAUGUUCAGCAUCGCUCCAAGAGAGCCACCAAAUAUGAAGAGCAAUAUGUCUGUGAGCAGCAGGUGCCCAUUUGCCCCCAAGAUCAAGAAAAACAUCUCACUAAUUUAUCUUUUUCUCACCUUGGUCAUGUUUUAAGUUUGGGAACUUUGCCUCAAUUUGUUAUUCCACACAAAUUAAAGCUGCACACACUGAAUGUUGAUGACAGCAUAUCAAAGAAGGACCAUAUGGCACAAAAUGUGUUGCCAGACAAGAACAUACUAAUCAACACUCCAGUGAGUGCUGACCGUAAUGCAGAAUAUCUGGCUCGGCAUCAUCAGGCAAAUAUUGUAAUAUCAACCAGUGCUAUGAAGGUUCUUGCUGACAAUCAUGGCCCAAACUUUUAUAAAGAAUGGGAUAUUCCUGUGGAGGUGAAAUCAUAUGUAGAAAAAGAUGCAGAUGGAAGAGAAACCAACCACAGAGUGGUUUAUAUAGAUAAGCCAAUGCCCAAGAAAAUCUGGACUCCAUUAGAGAAGAAACAAUUAUAUUUCAAGAAAGCUGCUUUGGCAAAAUUCACGGUGAUUAAAAAGACAGGAAUGUUCAGAAUGGAAACACCUUCUAUCUUCAAGUCCUCAGAGGCAGACAAAUGUGAUACUGAUGGUGCAUCAAGAAGUGUAACAAAAUAUGAUGGUCCCUUCAUGGAUCUUUCUUACACUGCUGACUGUGAUGUCUUUGGAGAUGAAUCUAUAGGUAGUGAAGAUAUCAAAAGGAAAAUUAAGGAAAAAAAAAAAUCUCCAACAAAAGCUGCCAAAUCAGAAAUGGAUUCACUGAAUAAUUCUAAGGACAGUGACCAAGAUGGUGAAGAAUUUUUAAACAUUAGUGUAGAUGAAGGGAAAUCUAUUGAUGCCCCUCAAAUAUCAGGAGAGACAGUUGAAAGUGAACAUAAGACCAGUGCUUCAGAAUUAGUUGGGGAUCUUUUUAACAACAAGAAAGUUUCUGUAGAACCCCCUCCCCUAGACAAAGCUCCAGUACAGAACAUUCAAAAUGAUACAAAUCAGAAAGAUUCUAAUGUCAACUCAGAAAAUUUCUUAGAUAAUUUGUUAACCAUGCAAGACUCAAUGUUAAAACCAUUGCAAACUCAAAGUGAGACAACAAGAGGGAAUGAUGGUGCCAUAACCUCAGCCUCAGACAGACAUCCACAGAAGCCCUGGACACACACACUGCACACAAAUUGGAAGAAAGUUUUUCAGCCUCAUAUCUGUCCUGAAGGGACGGGCAAAAAUGCCCACUAUCAUCUCUUUUCCCUGGGAUCAAACACCUGUCAGUCCAGUGGUUCCUUCCAGUCCAUGCGCAUCCUUGUGAGAAGUAACCUUCAUGGUCACUCUUACUUUAAAAAUGAAGAGAAUAAAUGCAAGCCAUACAUUGUAUAUCCAAAGAUUGAAAGUCAAGCCUUUUUUGGAUGUGAAGUAAACACCUUGUCAGAAAUUACUCAGCAGUGGGUUCAACUUUUAGUCCGACCAAACACUUCAUUACUUCAAGUUCGAGUGUGUGAAGGUUCUGGAGAAGUUCUCAUGACUGAAGAAAAGGAUUUGGCCACCAUUUUGAAAGAAGGAAAACAGCUGCAUGUCGGAUUUUCUCCCCUUCAGCCUUUGGCAACACUCUAUUCAGUUUUUUCUGCAGUACUUGCACAGCCAACUGGCCAUUACCUCCUUCACCAUGACUCUAACACUAAUGCAUUUAUUCAGCUGAUGAAGGCUUCCAACCCUAGCAGAGAAGCAACUUUGCACACGUACAAUCUCCAUAAGGUGUAUGCAGCUCCUGCAGUCAAUACAAGAAUGUACGCUGUGGCUCCCUGGUUAGCCAUUGACACCCAUGUACUUUCUCCCUUUCAUAUGAAGCAUAAGAAGAUUCCAGGAACCUUUCCAAUGAGUAAUCCUAACCAGAAAAUCUCUAUGGCUAAAAGAAAAAAAAUAGCUGAGAAGUCAAAGAAGAAGAAAAGCCUACAUGAUUUAAAAAUACAAAAGGAAGAGGAACUCAGUUUAUUUUAGAAGGCUGGAACUACCAUCAGGACAAAUAAAAUUCAAGAAAACAGAAAUUCAUAACUGUAGAAGAUAGGGUAAUACCCAAAACUACUAGUAUUUUGUAGGUAAGUGUCAUGUGUGUGUGUGUGUAUUUACCUAUUUGUACCUACCUAUUUGUAGUAUACAGGGCUUAAGUUCAAGCUCGGACAGUCCAGUCUCCCAAUCUAUAUUUGUCCAGCUGUGUGGGUGUGGGUGUGUCUGUCUGUGUGUGUAUUUACCUAGUUGUAUUUACCUAGUUGUAAUUUUACAGGGCCUGGGCUUACGCUCGUGUGGUCCCGUCUCCGUAUCUAUAAUUAUCCAACUUUUCCUUGAAACUUUGCACACUCUUCGCCGAUACUAUUUCUUCACUUAAUCUGUUCCAAACCUCUAUAUUUCUUUGUGGGAAGCUAUAUUUCUUUAUGUCUCUUGAGCAUCUUCCCUUCCUCAGCUUUUUACUAUAUCCUCUAGUAUUCCUGCUGGAAGGUUUCUCUCUUAGUAGCAAUUUCUCGUUAUCUACUUCUUCCAUUUUACUCAAUAGCCUAUAUAUUUGUAUUAGGUCUCCUCUUUCUCUUCUUUGUUCUAGUGUUGGCAAGUCCAUUUCCUUUAGUCUCUCUUCAUAUGUCAGUCCCUCCAGUUCUGUAACCAUUUUUGUUGCCAUCCUCUGUAUUCUUUCUAUUUUUACUAUGUGUUUCUUCAUAUGUGGAGACCACACUGUUUCUGCGUAUUCUAGUUUAGGUCUGAUCAUAGUAGUUAUUAAUUUUUUCAUCAUUUCUUUGUCCAUGUAGUGGAAUGCUAUGCCUAUAUUUCUCACCAUGUUAUAUGUAUCACCAAAGAUCCGAUUUAUAUGACUUCCUGGUUGUAUAUAAUCUUGCAUUAUUACUCCCAGGUCUCUCUCUUCAUUUACUUUCUUUAAUAUUUCACCAUCUCCCAUUUUAUAUGUCCAUUUUGGUCUUUCUACACUUUUUCCCAUUUCCAUAACAUGACAUUUCUUCACGUUGAAUUUCAUCUCCCAUUUCUGACUCCAUUUCCAAAUCUUGUGUAGGUCUUCUUGCAGCUCCUUGCAGUCUUCACUGUUUCUUAUAUGUCUUUGCAGUUUAGCAUCAUCUGCGAACAGGCUCAUGUAGCUGUUUAUUCCCUCUGGCAUAUCAUUAAUAUAGAUAUAGUGUGUGUGUGUGUGUGUGUGUGUGUGUGUGUGUGUGUGUGUAAAAGCCCAUUCACACUGUGCCGACUCUGGGCUACAAGAACUCAGCGACUUUUGGAUUUGACAAGUUGGCUUCCAUGCUCCAAGAAUGUUUUUUUUUUUUUUUUUUUCUUUUUUUUUUCAAUGGUGCUGCACUAUUCAUCCUUCUGCCACCAUGGAAGACUCACGUAGGUCUCACUCUCGCGUCCUGCACACCCAAGCAAAAGAUAUUAUAAAUAACGUAAAUAAGAGAGAGAGAGGGGGGGGGCGAGCUACAUGCAAAAUUUGGUGAGGCUAGAUAAAAAAUAAAGUCACGACGCCUUUUUAUUGUUUUGAGAGUUUGCCCGCCUAAUAUUUAGGCGGUUCCGCCGACACCCAUCAAGGAUACGGAGUCUAUGGAUAAACAAAUAGAUUUGUGGAGGAAAGUGGAGGAGAGGGAAGGGAAGAACACAGAUGUAAGAUCAUGGAAAAUAUCCCACUGAUUCACUGGCAAUACGCACAGAUUUCACUGAGUAAAAGGUUGAAAAGACGUCCUCCUGGAGGUGGGUUUUGUGUGUGUGUGUGUGUGUAUAUGUGUGUGAGAGAGAGAGAGAAAGAGAGAGAGAGAGAGAGAGAGAGAGAGAGAGUAGAUGGAUACAUCGCUGACUUUUUUUUUAGCUGGGGCAAAUAGUUUUUUUUUAAUCUAUUUUCAUUCCUUUUUCAUCUUUAUUCAUCUUUUUUUUAGGGGGCCCCCCCCCUAAAAAAAAGAUGAAUAAAGAUGAAAAAGGAAUUGGGAGGAGGGCACUUAGGCAGAGGCACCCUUCUUCCAUGGCUGUGAAACAAAUAAAAAAAAAGAGAAGGAAAUCUAGAACAAAAUUUAUUUAGAUAUUACACGUUUUAUGAAGCAGGAGAGAUAAGCUUCUUUCCAGCAGGGAAGCCAUGCUUGAACUGGACUAUGAAAGUACGUCAUGUUGUACCAUUUUCUGUACCAUGUCACAUUGUGUGGCGAAGAUGCUCUCUUGGGUAAGGGGAAGGCGGGAAGGGUAACACUUAUCUCCCUUUCUCUUCCUCUCUUUGCCUUCAUUUGGUUUUAUAUGUCUUUCUCCUCCCAUUCCUCUUCUUGUUUACUUUUAUCUUACCUUCCUAUUUCUCCUCAUUCAUUUUCUUCUUCCUUCCUCCCUUUCCCUUUCUCUUCUUCAUAUCCUUUCCUUUCUCCCUUUUUCUUUUUACCUUCCUUUGCUUUUAUCUAUCUUUCCCCUCUCAUUCCUUUCCUUAUUUAUUCUAAUCCUAGCUCUCUUUCUUCUCUUUUGUUCUUUUUCACUUCUUUUCCUAUCUCCCUUUCCCUUCUUUUUUUAUGCCCUCUUUUGCUUUUAUCUAUCUUUCUUCUUCCCAUUCCUCUUCUUAUUUACUCUUAUCUUAGCUUUCUUUUCUUCUCUCGUUCUCUUCCUCCUUUCCUCUCUCCCUUUCUCUUCUUUUCACCCUCAUUUGCUUCUAUUUAUCUUUCUUCUUCCACGUCAAACAUUUUGUCAAGAGUGGGAGCGGGAGUCGAAUCAGCCUCAUGGAAUAGUCACCAGUUUGACACAGUCAUACCAGUGAUAUCCCAUGAUUCUGCAUGUGACUUGAAGAUUUGGAUCUUCGUCCUUUUACACAGGUAUUGACAAUGCCAUAUACUCGUGCUGAGUGAGUCCAUAACCAUAGCUGGGCGUUAUCGCGAUAAGUUAUCACGAUACUUUAUCGCUGAUAACAAAAUUGGGUUAUCGGCCAUCCGCUACUUAUUUAAAUAUUUAUCGGUAUCUUCGUUACUUUUGUAACCAAACUUGUGAUAAUCGCUACUUUUUUUCUGCCUCUCAGAAAAAAAAAUUGUCCCCUCCCUACUGCGCAUGCGUGGCCCGGGCGCCCGGUGUUGUAUGAAAAAACUUCGGGGUGUGAAAUAUCUUCCGUGAAGAGAUUUCAUACUUAAAUCAUCAACAUUAAAACACUAGGUUAUUUUUUGUUAGAUUAAAAAAUCAAUAUAUCAAAGAGAAAAAUCAUUUAGCUUUGCUCCAAAAAUGAUUAUUCACUGCCUCAAAUUUGAUAUUCCAUACAUAUUCAUUUGUGAGCAUGCCAUGGUAAUGAAGGCACCCAGUGUUGUGUUAUUUGGUGUCCCAUCUUCAACAGCUGGCGCUUUUGUUUACAAACACUGGUCUCUCGUGAACUGCGCAUGUUCAGAAUAGUAAGUGUAGCCCUGUACAGUCUCACAAAGCUUUUUAACACAUUAAGAGUUGCUGGAAGGCAGAAGCAGACAUACAGUACCACCCUCCUCACUGUUUCUAGAAUGACACUCUGUACAUAUAAAUACAACUCAUACAGAGUGUCGGUCUAGAAAAGCGGGGAUGGUGGUAGUGGUAUUGUAUGUCUGAUUCAGUCUUCCAGUAACUCUUAAUUACGGUUAAAAAGCUUUGUGAGACUGUACAGGUCUACGCUUACUGGUCUGAGCAUGCACAAUUCACGAGAGACCAGUGUUUGUAAACAAUAUCGUUGAUGGUGGGGACGCCAAAUAACAUAACACCGGUUCAGGCGUUUCUAGUAUUACUGUCCAUAGGUACGUGUCAACGUGUGGUUUUCAGAUUUCGUACGUUUUCUAAAAUACGGAUAAUGAAAAUUUGAAUUCAUCAAUGUUUUUUAUUUGAAAUAUCAAUAUAGUAUCGUUUUUGCCUAUCCGACUUUUCGCUAGCUAGUAUCGGAAUUGUGGAUUUAUAUCGGUAUCAGUUAUCGGUUAUCGCCUAUAUUUGUGUCUCCAGUUAACGAAUAUCGGUUAUCACCGAUAAGGUUUUCCAUUAUCAGUUAUCGGUUAUCGGGAAUAAGAUUUUCUGUUAUCGUGCCCAGCUAUGUCCAUAACCCUGUGGACCAAGCCAAUCUGCCAUAAGACUUCCUGGUGAGACCUGAUGUUGUUCUGAACUAUGCUACCAAGGUACAUGAAAUUUUCAAAGAUCUCAACAUGCAUGAACAGACUGUACUGUUUCAUCUAUAAAAGGCUCCAACACCUGUAGGGUGAUGUGGGGAUGUACCGUAUUGCUAAAUGGCUGUUGGUGGGUGGGGUGUCUGACAUCUCCGUCUUCCAAUACAAUAGCGUAGGUUAAGAAACUAUUUGUAUUUCUUUACUUAACUCAUGUAUUACACAAAAUAGGCAAAUUUUGUUGAUGAUAUUGGAUUCAACAGGGAUCAUACAAAUAUUAACGUGAUUUUCAAAACUUGACAGGGUAAAAAAAUAAAGUAAUUAUGGUGAGUAGAGGUCAGAGAAUGACAUUCAGUGUUCAUACCACUUUUUACAAAUCCUUCCUUGUCUCCCCUUAUAUCACACUUUAUCUAAAAUUUGAAAGUUCUAUUGCAUUCAGGAUUAUUUAAAGUAUGAGAACAAAAGUUUUAUUCUAAAAUUGAUUCCAUAAUAGCUUCAAAUAUUGGUAAUCAGUAAAAGGUGAUAUAAUCAUUAAAAGAUAUUCUCUGACUUCUCACAGUAAUUACUUUGUCUUUAAACCCUGUCGAGUCCUAAAAACGGUGCUAUAGUUGCACAAAUACUGCUUAAUCUAAUCAUACAUAAAAAAAAUAAAAAAAUUUUUACAUAUCUUUUGCAACGUAUGAACUAAGUACAGUAAUAUGAAUAUUUUCUGAAUCUAGACUUGUGUGUUAACAUCAGGCACCCCACCUACCAAGUCAAUCAGCAGCGUCCUUACUUACUCGGCUAGGAGCAAAGGGUUCAGCUUAAGUGAGUGAUUUAUUGUUGUAUGUUAUCUGUUAAUCAUGCAUUUCCACUAUAUGUAAUUUUUUUUAUAUAUAGUUUUAUCAAUUUUUAAAUGUAUAUAAUUAUCUACCAGCAAGAAAACAAGGAUAGGUCAAACUGUGGUUCCUUUAAUUGUACAAAUGUUUAGAAGUUAUAUCUGCCAAUUGAGCUUUAAAUAUAAGUUUAAGGGUCAGUGCAUGAUGAUUAAUAAGCUAUCUAGGUUCCUUCAUAUCUUGAGUUAUAAAUAAGUUUAGAUUUAUUUUACAUAUUCAUGACUGUGUUCCUUUUUAAUUAUAGGGAAAGAUUAAUUAAGGUGCAGAUUAUUUUGUAAAAGUUUUUCUUAAAAACAAGAUUUAAACACUGAAAUGACUUUUAUUUAUUUAAUUUGUGCUGAAUGAACCACUCAACAAUUCUUUUUUUAUAAGUGUGUAUCAGAGGAAUGACCUUUCAGUGUAGUUCACUGUUCAGGUCAGUCUUGAUACAGUUCUGAUUCUCAAAAUAUUACCCAAAAGUAGUUUGUCAGUGGUGGUUUGGGGUUGUUUUGCAUCCUUCCUCAAUCUUCUUCACUGCAACCCCAUAGGGGGUUGGGGGCUGGUUACCUCGGUGGGUAUGAUGCUUGGCUAGUAACUGAAAUGUUAUGAGUUUGAUAUCAGUUCACAGCAGCUUCUUAGUAGUGUCCUCUUAGUAACACUAGCAGAGCUAAAUAGUCUUAGCUACCUAGUUCGAGAAUAUUUUUUAUUCUUUAUUUUAAUCAACACUAAGAGAACUUUUGAUAUGUAACAAGCAUAGGUUUUGAGGUAAAAAGUGUAUUUGUUCUGCAAACCGGGCUCUCGGACAAAUCUUCCCCCUCCUCUUACUCAGCAUCCAUCCCCUGAACUAUGCACUUCUAUCACAUUCAAAAGGUUGUUUUAAUUAUUAGUUAGUGGUGUGCUUAAAAACUUUGACCCAUUUUUAUUAUCCUUUUUUCCACCCUUUUUCUCUGUCAGAUUUUUUUUUUCUUUUUCCCCAGGCAAGUAUUUAUAGUGGCGUCAUCUUGCAUUGGCUCAUGCUGCCCCCCGGAGCUCAUCUUUGAUCCUAGAAUCUAGAGUCCUUGUUGAUAGAUGGUCUUCUGGACAGCAUGUGGGUAGUCUUAGGCCACUCAGCGGUGACUGAAAAAUCCCGGCUUGUGGCACCGGGUGGGGUGCGAACUCACGUCGUCCUAGAUGCGGCGCCGUCACGCUAUCCACUCAGCCACUGUCUCCCCAUCAGGUACCUGUGCUGUUAGGUCAAUUCUUGUAUGGCUGUCACAAUAUAGAUAACUCAAGAAUUGUCCUCUAGUUCAUUUCUGCUUCUUGUGAAAAAAAAAAUUGACAACCAUUAUGAUGACUGGAAAAGUGUAUGCCAUACCUCAAGCCCAUAGCAAUGAAGAUUACUAAAGUCAGUAUCCUGGUGCCAUAAGGAACUAGGUAGCUGGCAAAAUUAAGAAAAUACUCAGAAGGGUUGGCUAUGCACUCCCAGAUAAUUUCUGCUUUAUCAGCAACAGCCAAUUCUUCAGACUGAAUGAAUGCCUAAUACCUGUAUAUAGUCUGAAAACCAAUUCUGGUUAUAUGAGCAAGUACUUCCUUCCCUACCCGGAAGUCAAAACCCUACUCACUGGGUUGUUUCCAUACGAGAUAACCUUGAGUGAAGGAGGCCAAGGGGAUGCCCACAAAGUUUAGGGCUAGAGGAAGUCAAUGGAUCCUGCUUAGAAGUACUUAGCAGGAAUGGGUACCUGGAUGGAGCCUUGUUUGGAGGAGUUCCCGGGGAUGGCCUUGUAGGGUGAGCUACAGCCAUGUUUAUGACAGUCCUAGAUAGCAUUAACAGAUUGCAGAACAGUUUGUUAUGGAUGAGAAUAGCUUUCAUCAUUGAAAAUGUCUCUUUGGUUACCUUUCCAUAACUACUGAAGUCAUUGCUAUUUAGUCAAGGUUGUCCACAACUACUGAAGUCAUUGCUAUUUAGUCAAGGUUGUGCAGUUUUGAUGUAGCCAUAAACUUAGGUUUCCCACAAAUGCAGGGUAGGGAGGUCAAGCCUUGUGAAUACAAUCCACUGUCAGAUAAAAGAUCACCUAAUAAAAUGGACAACAGUAACACUCAUGCAACCUGUUGUGCUGAUCAAGAUUUGGCUAUGAUCAUAACAUCCAUAUCCCCUCUGCAGGCUGUUGUAAUAGCCUUGUUAUUUAAAGUAGGGUGAAGGUAUAAUUACUUUCUGGGAUAAAUAAAAGAAAUAUGUAUGUCCCACUUAAAGGGGUUAUAUUAGAAAGAAUAUAAAAUAUUCUACUUUUGGAUGUGAAAAAUCACAUACAUUAAAUAAAUAGGUAUCACAUUAAAUUUGGUAAAAAGUUUUCACACUUGUAAGACUUGAAAGUGUAAAAUUAAUGUCUCCUUUUAAAGUUGACAUGUAAAUGGAAAACAUGUACAUUAUUUCUAUCAAUCUGUGAUAUAUUAACUGCUAACUUAUUUGAUCUUUACGAUCAUUAAGGGCUUGCACAAGUGCACAUAAUUAUCUUUAAAACUUUACAUAUUAAAAUGCUAAGCUUCUUUACACAAUUGUUACCCUUUACAAGGUUGAAAACUAGUUAGAAAAAUUAUUUCCAUUUUAAACUUACUGGACAUCAAAACCUCUUUACUUAAAUCUAGUCAUUGGUCCAUUAGGUAAGAUAGUUUCCACCAUUAAUACAAAUAGCACUUAAGAUAAACUAUAACAAGGAGAUCAGGUCACUGGGGUAAGGUUGGAACUGUUACAAAGCUAAUAGCAGGUGCAAGAGUUGAUACUUUUGGAGCCACAGGA